CCACGUCAGACACAGUGCCACGUCAGACACAGUGCCACGUCAGCAGUGCCACGUCAGCAGUGCCCCGCCACCAUGACGGGCGCAGCUCCGGGCAUGCCAGGCCAACUGGCCAACGAGUCUCUGGCCGACUACAAAAAGCGGUUCCAGGCUCAGAUCGCUCUGAUCGAGGCUGAGGAACAACGCCAGCUGGCAGCCACGGCUGCCCGCCUACACGCUGAAGAAGCGGCAGCAGCAGAGAAGCUCCGGCUACAGGCCGAAGCAGACGCAGAUGCCCAGGCUCGCCGCAAGGAAGCCCAGGAUCUGUUGCAGCGGCAUGAAGCCAACAACAUCGACAGACUCAAGUUCUGGCACUUUGAACCGAACGGCGACGAGGCAACACUGGAAGAGCAGCAUAAGGAGUUCCUCUCCAAACUCAUGACACGGUUGUUGUGUGCUUGCAACUACCAACGGUCCGAGUUGGAGAGACAGAACCAAGAACUGCAACAACUGUUCCAGGAUCCGAAGCAACAGCACCAGGAGUUGGCGAACCUCCGCCGGAUGGUGCAGAGCCACGAGGAUGCGACACGGGCACUCAAUGCCCGUGUACUGGACAUGGAACAGGUUGUACCAGGACCAGAUGCUGGUGCUUCCAGCAGUGCACCCUCUAGCCGCCAACUAGAGGAACGCGUUGACCACGUGGUGGCAAUGCUCGGCGACAUCAGCACCUUCGCUGCGCCGACCACCAUCAGCAGUCAGCUGCAUACUUUGAAGACCGAGGUCGAGCAGCUGCAGUCGACGAACACGGAUGGCAAUCCUAAGUUGUACAAGAUGUCAACUUUCCAACUGGAAAAGUUCGACGACUACACGCACCAGGAUCCGGUCCUCUGGUGGGAAGCAUUCACGACUCAACUCAGGAUUCUGCCUGUCGCUAAGCAUGCGUACAUCGGCGCCCUGUUCAUGAACUCAAAGGCCGGAUGCCAGACCUGGUUGACCCACCUGGCAACCUCCCAUGGCGUCGACGUACCAGACUUGAAGGACAAAAUCACAUGGGAAGAGUUAACACGGCUGUGGAAGCAGCGGUUCAUCGUCGAGGACGCACCUGCACUAGCCAUCAACCGUCUCUUCACCAUGUCUUAGGGCAACACAUCAACACGAGACUGGCUCACGGAAUGGCAGAAGAUCGCGGCAGUGCCCGAUCUG